AUGGCUUCAAUAGCUCCAAGAAGAUCACAACCUGCUAAUGCACUGUCUAGAAAACAAUCUACUUCAAAUCUAAGUGGUGGUACAACUUCUAAUAUCCAAGCUUCAAAGUAUAACAAAAUAAUAAUAAGAUUAUUACCUCCAUCUUUAAGUGAAUCUGAAUUUUUAAAUCAAAUUGCAAAUUAUUAUCCAUAUCAUGCUUCAAAAAUAACCCAUUUUUAUUAUAAACAAGGUUCUUAUCCAUUAAAACCAUUUGAAUUACCAGUUUAUUCGAGAACUUAUUUGAAUUUUAAUAAUUCAAAUGAUUUACAAGAAUUUCAAAAUUUCGUGAAAAAUAAACCAUUCCAAGAUGAAAAAGAUUCAAUUGUGCCGAUUAUUGAAAAAGCAUUAUUUCACAAGAUGGUAGAUUCAAGAAGUAAAAAUUAUAAUAAGAAAGAAAAUAAAGAAGAAAAUGUCAAAGAUAAGUUAGAUGAAAAUCCAUUCUAUCUUAAAUUUCUCAAAUAUUUAAAUAAUGAAAUUGAAGAGUUUGCUUUGUUGAAAGUAAACAAUAUCAAAUCUAAGAAUAAGAAGAUACCUGGUACUGGUGAUGAGAAAAUUACAAAGAGAGAAGAAGCGCGGAAGAAAUUUAAAGAAGAGCAAAAGAAGAAGAAAAGAGAAAAGAGAAAAGCAAAGAGAGAUGAAGAAAAGAAGAGUAAUCAUAAGUCAGGUAAAGAUAAUAAGGAAACUAAAGAGAAGGGUAAAAAAGGUCCAAAGAAUAAAGAAGGUAAAGAAGGUAAAGAAAAGAUCAAAUAUUUGAAAAGCAUUGAUACAAGACCAAAACGUGAUUCACAGAGUUCAUCUGAGUCAAGUAUACCUACAUCAUCCGAUCUGAGUAGACCUAGCUCAAGUGAUCAAUCCAAAUCAGAGACAAACAGGAGACCUAGGUCGAGAGAACAGUCAAAGAGAAACCGAAAAUCACGAGACAGAAGUCAAUCAUUGAAACCAUCAACGAAUACAGAAGACAAUAAUAAGAACAAUUCACAACCACCUAAAGUUAAAUUGAAGGAGAAGUCUGCUGCUCUGGAAAUAGUUUAUACAAAUGACUCUUAAUAUUUUGCUAAUUUACAUUUUACUACCCCCUAACGAUUACCUCUUAAAAACACGUCUAAUUCUGAAACGCCAAAAAAAAAAAAAAAAUCUUGUUACACAAAAUCUGAAAAAGCCAAUGGUUUUUUUUCAUUUAUAACCGAAAUUUAUCAAGGGUUGUAUUGCCAAUCAGAGAUCAUCAGUUGAAUGUUUUGUUAUAAUUAAGAUGGAGAAGAAUAAUAUUUUACUACCGUUUGCAUUCUCAAGUAUCAAUAAUGAUAAUAAUGAUAUAUUGGAUACUAGUCCAAGAGAUAAAAUCACCAUUGAUCAAAAUGCCAAUUCAAGAUUUCAUACCAGAAACAGUAGUUCCAAAGCACCAGUAUUAAAUUUUAAACCAAGGUUGAAAAGAAAAAUGGGCGAAAGUUUUAAUGAUAAAGAUCAAAUUAAAAAACCAGAUAUAGGAGAAGAAAUGGAAGAAGAAGAAGAAGAAGAAGAGGAAGUAGAUGGAGAUGAAAAUACUCAUAAUGAUACAGUUAUUGAUCAACUACCUAGUAGUCCAUUUACAAAUUAUGAUUCUGCAUUACCUGAAAUAGAUUUAAAACCGACAAAUUUCCUUUUAAAUGAAGUUAAAUCAUCACCUAGAAAAAUACUCAGUUCAGAGCCAGAUUUUGGAAUAGAUAAAUUUAAUAGAUUCAAAGGAUCCAGUUUUAAUGAAACUUUUAAAACUACACAACCAUCAUCAGUCUCUUCAACAAUGAUGGAUAUAAAUGAUGAUGAGAUAUUAAAAGAAUUGAGCUAUAAUGAAGCUAGAAGGAUUAUAAUUAAUUCAUUUGAGGAUAUAGAUCCUGUUAUACAUUUAGAAUCAAUGAAUCUUUAUGAAUUACCUACUGAGAUAAAAGAUUUAAAUAAUUUGGUUGUGUUUGGUAAUUCCGAAUCAGAAGAUAUGAAGUAUCAAUUAUAUUUAACUAAUAAUAAAUUAAAAUUCUUACCACCUGCAUUAUUCAAAUUUACAAAACUACAAGUAUUAAGUUUAAGACAAAAUGAAUUGAAAAGUUUACCACCAACAAUAAAUAAAUUGGAAAAUUUAUGUGAUUUUUAUUUAUCAAAUAAUAGGAUAAAAUUUUUACCAUGGCAAUUAUUACAAUUGAAUCAGUUAGAGAACUUCGUAGCUGGUCCAAACCCAUAUUUAUGUCCACCCAAUGAUGUAAUCUCAAUUGGUAAAGAUUUCAACAAUUCCAAAUUAUUAUCUCGAUCACAUAUUAAAUAUUUAUCAUCGUCUACAACCUAUCUUACUUCAUUAAAAUGUCUUUGUUUAAAUAAGAUAGCUAAACAUGAUGUAACUUACCAAGAAACUAAAGCUUGGAAGAAAUGGACACCUAAACUUUAUCAUAAUUUAAUCAUUGAUGCAAUUAUGAAAGGUAAAUAUAAUGAUACAUGUAAUCAAUGUAAUACGAUAGUAGUUGAACCAGUUGCUGAAGUAUUUGAAUGGUGGAAUAUAUUACAAAAUAAGAAUAUCCCAAUACGAAAACAAUUUUGUUGUAAGAACUGUGUUGAUUUAUAUUUAAAGAAUAUAUGA